AUGCCUGGACGAGACGAGAAGGAAACUUGCCCAAAGCUGGAACUUCAACCAGACACCCCCGGCAACGAGCUCGCACCGCAAGUCCGUUUUGAACGCAUCAAUGGUGUUGCGCGUUGUGUGGUAGGAUAUUCGGGAGGUGUUACAGCAGACCCAACCUACCGUUCCAUUCAAGAUCAUACGGAAGCCUUAUUGGUCGAGUUUGAUCCCAAGGUCUUGACCUAUGAAGACUUGGUCCUCUCCUGGACUCAAAUGCACCAACCAGUCUCCAAAGGAAGGUGUCAGUACCGUUCAGCGUUGUGGUAUUGGAACGAAGAACAAAAGGAAGUCGCAGAAGAAGUGGUCAAGCAAUGGAAGGCAGGCAGUCGCAAUGAAUUGUAUGCGGAUGUGGAUCCGGUGACAGAAUUUUAUCGUGCCGAAGAAUAUCAUCAACACUUUAUGGGCAAAGUAGGUAGACGAUAG